UAUUAUGGAGUACUCCGUAGUUUAAUCUAAGCCAUAUACGAGCUAAUACUACGUAUGGCUUAUAUAAAGUGCGCGCUCUUGCGCUACCAAUUAAGUUUUGUCCUGCCUACUCCUCAUUAGUGACCCAUACAAACAUAAUUAAUAUAUACGGAGUACUCUAUAGUCUCUACUCCCUAGAAAGAAAGAGAGAGAGAGAGAGAAUCAAGUAUGGCGUAUACACCUGGUAUUCUUACUCACUGGCCAUGGGAGCCUCUUGGUAGCUUCAAGUACAUUGUAGUAGCACCAUUCGUAGUCCACAGCAUAUACUUGUUUGUAGUAGGAGCAGAGGAAAGAGAUAUUGGCUACUUGGCUAUAUUGCCAUUUAUGCUAUGGAGGAUGCUUCACAACCAAAUCUGGAUCAGUUAUUCUCGGUAUCGGACUGCCAAAGGCAACAACCUCAUUGUUGACAAGAGUCUCGAGUUUGAGCAAGUCGACAGAGAAAGAAAUUGGGAUGAUCAGAUACUGCUGAAUGGGAUUUUAUUCUAUGUUGGGUAUUCGGUGCUACAAAAUGCAAAACACUUGCCCUUAUGGAGAACUGAUGGUCUGAUUCAAAUAACCUUGCUUCACAUUGGUCCUGUUGAGUUUCUCUACUACUGGUUCCAUCGCGCUCUCCACCAUCAUUUCCUAUAUUCACGCUACCAUUCUCAUCACCAUUCUUCCAUUGUCACCGAGCCCAUUACUUCGGUGAUUCAUCCAUUUGCUGAACAUUUAGUAUAUUUCACUCUCUUUGCCAUACCAGUACUAACAUCUAUUCUAACUGGAACCAACUCUAUUGCUUCCCUGACCUUAUAUGCUACUUACAUCGACUUUAUGAACAAUAUGGGUCACUGCAACUUUGAGGUUGUUCCUAAAUGGAUGUUUACUAUCUUUCCUCCGCUCAAGUAUCUCAUGUAUACACCCUCGUUUCACUCUCUACAUCAUACUCAGUUUAGGACAAAUCUCUCACUCUUCAUGCCAAUCUAUGACUAUAUCUAUGGAACUAUGGACAAGUCUACAGAUACUCUAUAUGAAACUUCUCUUAAAAAACCGGAUGAUAUUCCAGACGCUGUUCAUCUUACACAUAUGACAACACCACAGUCUGUUUACCAACUUAGGGUAGGGUUUGCUGGUCUUGCCUCGAAUCCCCUAACUUCCACAUGGUAUCUCUGGCUAAUGUGGCCUGUCACACUAUGGUCCAUGAUUUUGACAUGGAUUCAUGGUCGUACAUUCAUUAUAGAAAGAAAUACCUUUAAAAAGCUAAAGGCACAAUCAUGGGCUGUACCCCGAUACAGGAUUCAUUAUCUUUUACAGUGGCAACGCUCUGCUAUUAACAAGUUGAUCGAAGAUGCUAUACUAGAGGCAGAUGCGAAAGGAAUCAAAGUAGUGAGCCUUGGACUUUUAAAUCAGGGGGAUUAUUUCAAUAGAAAUGGUGAAAUUUACUUGGAAAGGAAUCCUAAGCUCAAAGUAAAAGUGAUAGAUGGUAGCAGCUUAGCUGUUGCAGUGGUCCUUAAUAGCAUCCCAAAGGGAACUUCUAAAGUUCUGUUUAGGGGCCGCCUCAAUAAGGUUGCUUAUUCCAUUGUCUCUGCGCUGUGUCAAAAGGACAUCCAGGUUGUUACCACAAAACAAGCUGAAUAUGAGAAGCUUAAGAAGGCUUUGACGAAAGAAGAUGGCGCUAAUUUGACCCUUUCAGCAAAAGGCUGCAAUGAGAAGGUAUGGUUAGUAGGAGAAGAUUUGACAGAAGUGGAGCAGUCCAUGGCAUCGAAAGGAACAAUAAUAAUUCCCUUCUCUCAAUUCCCUCCUAAGAAGACAAGGAAAGACUGCACCUAUCUCAAUACUCCAUCAUUGGUGGCUCCUACAUCUUUCGGCAACUUGCAUUCUUGUGAGAAUUGGCUGCCAAGAAGGGUGAUUAGCGCGUGGCGUGUGGCCGGAAUUGUGCAUGCUUUAGAAGGAUGGAAUGUACAUGAAUGCGGUGAUAAGCUCUUCGACGUAGAACAAAUAUGGGAAGCUUCCCUUCAACAUGGAUUUCGCCCUUCCCCUGAACCCUGCUUAGUUAAGUAGUGAAAACAUUAAUUCUGCUAUGAUGCAUAUGAUUUUCAAAUGAAUUAUAUAAGCUGGAGGUCUAUUUUAUGUCCUGAGAACUCAUGCAUGAUUUCCCCCUUAUAAUAUUGAGACUUAUAACUUGUAAGCAACUUGAACAAAGUUGGAUGUUAUAUUAGUCCUUACAAAUUUGGUUAACUAAACCGGAUUAUCCGAAUAAGCUUUAUAUCGAUACAAAUAUUAUUAUUUAUGUUCAAA